GAACGAGCGGUGUCCUUGUCAUACCUCUACUUUUGGUUCAUGUAUCGUAUCUGGACGCUAGAUCGUUUCCAAUGCUUGCAUCCAAACCGCUUUCGCCAAGGCGAGCUGAAGAAUGUAACGUCAUGCAAAAUAAAAUACGAAGAAGGCUUUGCCAACAUCUUUGGCCACGUCUUUGUCAAACCUGAAUCGAUGUGGACUAAGGCUGACCAAGGCCUUGUGAUUCCUACAGACUACAGUUUGUGUGUCGGGUUUUCAUUGCAAACUGGCACUCUCUUACUCCUGCAGUGCUUCUGGAACUACCUCGCCAACUCCGUCGCAAAAGCAAGCUUCAUGAGUAGUCGCGAGUUUUUGUUCUACAUUGUCUGGUACGUACAAAAGAAUAGUGAAAAGCAGACUGAAAUUAACACUUUAAUUUUUCUCUCUCCAGAGCUAUUUAUCAUUGCCAUUCUCGGCUUUAUCUCCCAUUUCCGUUUCCAAAAGGUGUUGAACAACUCGCGUGAAUCUAACAAUGCGCGAUCGAUUACGCACAAGAUUCGUUAUUUCCAGGAACUUAACUUGAUGCUUGCCAUCAUCCUUAUAGAUUGCGCCUUGUCCUUCAUCAUCCUUAGUGCUGAUGGUUUGACAGGUCGCAAAUAUUUGAAUGCGCAUAAAUUCACUGCUGAUUUCAUGAUCUGUAACAUUAAUGUUACGUCCAUGAUCGUGUGGUUUAUUGUGAUACUCAUUUUCCAUCCCAAGCCA